AUGGAAGCCACCUAUGUCUCAACCUUUACUGUGUAUUCUUCUUGUCUUCUUCUUCUUCUUCUGUUAGUAGUAGUAGUCUCAUGGAAAGCUUUGAACUGGGUAUGGUUUAGACCGAAGAAGCUGGAGAAACAUCUGAAAGAGCAAGGUUUCCGGGGAAACCCUUACAAGCUGCUCCAUGGAGACUUCAAAGAGAUGUCGACCCUGUACACAGAAGCCCAGUCCAAGAAUCUUAAUCUCUCCGACGACAUCGUACCAAGAGUUAUUCCUCAAUAUCUUGGAGCCGUUAAGAAAUAUGGUAGUAUUUAUUGUUCUCAUCAACUCUGCUUCCUUCUCUUUGCCUCGUUCUUGCCAGCCAAGAGGAACAGAAGAAUGAAACAAAUUGCCAGAGAAGUUAAUGGUUCAGUAAGGGAAAUGAUCAACACAAGAAGAAAGGCAAUGAGAGCAGGAGAAGCCGGCUCUGAUGACUUGUUGGGAUUAAUGCUUCAAUCCAAUUCUCAAGAAAUCGAGAAGCAUGGAAACAAGGACUUUGGUAUGACUACCGAAGAAAUUGUUGAUGAGUGCAAGCUGUUCUAUUUGGCUGGCCAGGAGACUACUUCAGCGCUACUCGUUUGGACAAUGGUCUUACUCUGCAGGUACCCCGAAUGGCAGGCACGUGCUAGAGAGGAGGUCUUGCAACAAUUUGCAACUAAGGAUCCGGACUUUGAGGGGCUAAAUCACCUCAAAAUUGAGAGACAUACUAACGAAGUUCAUCGAAGCUUCUCAUCUACAUAGACAUCCUAAUUACGCUCGCACUUUUUU